AUGUCGAACGGCGCACUUUUUCGUGAAUUGUUCAAGAAAGCGGAGAAGAAGUUACCACGGAUGAAGAGCGUCAUUAGUAUCAUACCUCCGUAUAAAUGCAUUCAUAAACAUCUGCAACGGAUGAGCGUGUUCCAAGAGAAAGCGAAGAAAAUGUUAUGCAAGGAACAACUGGAGCUGGAAAUAAUGAACAGCAAAAUGUCGUGCAUCGAGAAGCUAUUGAAACCGGAGGAACAAUCGGAAUGGCGUCGUAGCAGAUCACCAAAGGUAUAUCACCGUCCAAUCAAUACAGAGGCAUCGAAAUAA